AUGGUUAUAAUCAGAGAAUCGGCGACACCGAAUAACAAUGAUUUUAUCGAGUUUGAGGGUUCCCAAACCGCAAAUGUUACUGAAGAUCCUGUCUGGACUCCGGCACCGUCCUCGUCAUUCGAGUGUCCGCUUGAGCCACCAACCGUCGAACUGGCAAAUGGGAUUCGUAUGCCUUUACUGGGCUUAGGUACCACACAUUCUGGAGGCUAUUAUCAUAACUCCGUAAUCUAUGCCUUGCGAGAGUGCAACUAUCGUAUGAUCGAUACAGCGAAACGUUAUGGUGUUGAGAGGGAACUUGGUUUGGCUAUCAAGGCUUCCGGAAUACCUCGUCGAUCGUUGUUUUUGACCACAAAAUUGUGGCCUGUGGAUUUUGGAGAGUUCACGAGGCAAGCAUGCAAAGAAUCGUGUGCUCGACUUGGUGUCGACUAUCUUGGUAGGUAA